GUAUAAAAUUUUUGACAAAGUUUUCGCAAGAAGUGCUAUUUUUGUACUAAGAAUAUUUGUGACAAAUCGAUAAUGAAAUUUUUUUCGCCUUCUUGGAAAAGGCUGUGCCGAUUAAUUUUGCAGCGCAAAUCGUGCCAAUAACUUAAACUUAAGUAUCUUGACUCCAAACGUUUUCACUUUUCGUGUUGGAACUUUGUAUCUCUUUUGUUUUGUCCAAUUGACUUCGACACUGUCCUGUUUAUGUAAAUUCCCCUUUGACAUAAGAAAAUUAAUGUUAACAACCAGACGAAAGGAGCGACCAGUUGGACCUCGCUCUGGAGGAACUUGUCAAAAACUCAGCAUAAAAUACCUAAGCAUGCCACUGGAGGAAAAGAGGAAAUUCUACAGAAAAGAUCAUUUCACUUUGGAUCAAGUUCUCACUUGGCAGGAAUUUGCAGCUACAGAAGAAUUGACUCCCCCUAAAGACCCUCCCCAGGCUAAAUUUGACGAAGAGCUGAACAGGAAGGUUUCAAUUUUUGAGGGGGACAUCACUACCCUGGAGAUAGACAUUGUUGUGAACGCAGCUAAUAAAUAUCUAGGCAGGGGAGCAGGAGUGUGUGGAGCAAUCUUUGCUGGCGCUGGAGACAUUUUGGAGGAAGAGUGUGACUCGAUGGAUGGCUGCCCCCCUGGUGAUGCAAAGUUGACUGGAGGAUACAAGCUGCCAGCCAAAUACAUUCUUCACGCUGUAGGACCAAUUGAUAAAAAUCCUGAUGUGUUGAAAUCAUGCUACAAGAACUGCCUGGGCUACCUGAAACAACCUGAUGAUGAUGUAGAGCCAUCGCUACGAACUAUUGCAUUCCCUUGUAUUGGCACUGGAAUUUACGGUUUUCCUAACAACAAAGCCGCUGAGAUAGCUGUCUCAUUAGCUAGGAGCUUCCUCGAGAAGAACAGAGACCAUGUUGACAGAAUCAUCUUCUGCCUCUUUGAUAGCAUUGACAAGAAGCUCUACAGAAAAUACAUGCAGCUCUACUUUCCCACAGAGUAAUUAUUGUUAUUCUUACAUCUUUAUAUUCUUUUUCUUUUUAAGUUAUUAUGUGAUUAUCAGAAAAUUGAGAACUUAACUGGACAUUAUGCAAAGUGUAAAACCUUUUUAACAGGUUGUUCAAUAAAGGGAGAAAUACU